AUGUUGAUCACCAAGUGCUUUCAUUGCAUUAUCGCCUUCUCUUCUCUCCUCUCCCUAGUCCUCUUCAAAAUACUCCUCCUGGUGGGGCUCGUAGGUGCAAAGAAGUUCUCGUGCUUCCCUGAGUAUUGCCUGCACGACAAAGACUACGACGAGCUGCUGAAGAUCGUCCAGCAUGGGCUGGAACCUGCAACUCAUCCCUCCAAGGUGGUCAUUGUGGGUGCAGGAAUAAGUGGUCUUACUGCAGCGAAGUUGCUCCGAGAUGCUGGCCACAAGGUGAUCAUUCUGGAAGCAAGCAACAGGGUCGGUGGGCGAGUGAGGACCUACCGGUCGGAGGGAGGGGAGUGGUACGUGGAGCUGGGAGCCAUGCGCCUGCCAAAGAAGCACAAGCUGGUCCGUGAGUUCAUCAGGCAGUUUAAGCUGAAAUUAAACCCGUUCAUCCAGACGCACGACAAAACCUGGUACUUCCUGAACGGCACCCGGAUAAGAACGGAGGACGUGAAUAGAAACCCAGAUGUCCUGAAGUACCCGGUGAAACCAUCAGAGAGAGGCAAAAGUGCCUCUCAGCUUUAUAAAGAAGCACUAAACAAGGCUUUCGAGACCUUCCAGGCUACAGACUGCAAGAAGUAUCUAGACAAAUACGACUCCUUCUCCACCAAGGAGUAUUUGAUUAAAGUGGGAAACCUAAGCCGAGGAGCAGUUGACAUGAUCGGUGACUUGUUGAACGAUGACUCUGGGUUUUAUCUCUCCUUCCUUUCCUCCCUGUGGGAUUUUGAUAUCUUCUCUAAUGAAAGUUUCGACGAAAUCACCGGAGGCUUCGACCAACUGCCCAAAGCCUUCCACAAAGCGCUGCCCGACGUCAUCCGCUUCCACUCCGUGGUGGAGAAGAUCAAGAGGGAGGGACACAAAGUCCACGUGACUUAUCGUACCUCGGACAACGGGGAGGACACAGCCACGGUCACGGCGGAUUACGUCCUUGUCACGUCCACCGCCAAGGCCACCAGGCACAUCCAGUUCCUGCCACCCCUCUCUCCUCCCAAGACCCACGCCUUGCGCUCCGUCCACUACGCGAGCUCCUCCAAAAUAGCCCUGGCUUGCACGGAGAAGUUCUGGGAGAAGGACGGCAUCCGAGGAGGACAAUCCAUCACCGACCGCCCUUCCCGCUUCAUCUACUACCCCAGCCACAACUUCUCCAGCGGGCUGGGGGUCCUCUUGGCUUCCUACACCUGGAACGACGACGCCGAGUUUUUCCUGCCCCUCACGGACGAGCAGUGCCUGGACAUCAUCUUCCAAGACCUGUCGGACAUCCACCGAGUGAAGAAGCAACACCUGCAGCAGGUCUGCAAGCAGUACGUCAUCCAGAAGUGGCAGGUGGACCAACACUCCAUGGGGGCCUUCGCCGCCUUCACCCCCUACCAGUUCACCGACUACUCGCGGGCUCUCUUCGAGCAGGAGGGCAGGGUCCACUUUGCAGGAGAACACACGGCUCAGCCCCACGCCUGGAUCGACACCGCCAUGAAAUCGGCCGUCAGGGCCGCCAGCAACAUCCACCACGAGAGCGGCGAGGUUCUGGAGGGGCUGGAGGAGGAGCUGGAGGAGCUGGGGAGUGCCUUGAAGAAGGAAGAGCUCUGA